AUGACAGUUACAUUGAACUGCUUAGCAGACAUCUGUUUAAUUCCAAUUGGAACUGGCUCAGCCUCCGUCUCUGACGAAAUUGCGCUCAUCACACAACUCGCAAGAUCUAGCCAUCUUCACUGCACCUUGCACAGUGCAGGCACCACAAUUGAUGGACCAUGGAAUGAAGUAAUGGACCUUAUCGGCCAAAUGCAUGAAUUGGUGCAUAAGAGUGGAGUAGUUAGAGUACAAAGUGAUAUCCGUGUUGGGACCAGAACCGACAAGAGCCAAACCCCUCAGGAUAAGAUUGAUAUCGUGGAGAAGAAAAUUGCAGAGAAGCUGUAG